AAGAAGAAGGGGAGAGAGCGGCUGGCGGUGCUGGGCAGAGGAGCAAAUGUGUUGCAGAGGGAGAGCAGGAGGAGGAGGGCCUACAGCUAUUGUUCAUGUCCUCCUGUGAACAAAGGGCUCAUCGGGGCUGUUCCUCAAAGUCAUUCAAGCUGUACUCCCCAAAGGAGCCCCCCAACGGUAGCACUUUCCCCCCUUUCCACCCUGGCACCAUGCUGGACAGAGAUGUGGGUCCCACCCCAAUGUAUCCUCCCACAUACCUGGAGCCAGGAAUAGGGAGACACACACCUUAUGGCAACCAGACAGACUACAGAAUAUUUGAACUCAACAAACGGCUACAGAACUGGACAGAGGAGUGUGAUAACCUAUGGUGGGAUGCAUUUACUACAGAGUUCUUUGAAGAUGAUGCCAUGUUGACCAUUACUUUCUGUCUGGAGGAUGGGCCCAAACGUUACACGAUUGGCCGGACGUUGAUUCCACGGUACUUCCGGAGUAUAUUUGAGGGCGGUGCCACUGAACUCUACUAUGUGCUGAAACAUCCCAAGGAGUCCUUUCACAAUAACUUUGUCUCCCUCGACUGUGAUCAGUGCACCAUGGUCACCCAAAAUGGAAAGCCCAUGUUCACACAGGUGUGUGUAGAGGGGCGCUUGUACCUGGAGUUCAUGUUUGAUGACAUGAUGAGGAUAAAGACGUGGCACUUCAGCAUCAGGCAACAUCGUGAACUCAUCCCCCGCAGCAUACUGGCCAUGCAUGCCCAGGACCCACAGAUGCUGGACCAGCUGUCUAAAAACAUAACAAGAUGUGGCCUGUCGAACUCCACCCUUAACUACCUCCGACUGUGUGUGAUUCUGGAGCCCAUGCAGGAGCUGAUGUCCAGACAUAAGACUUAUAGCCUCAGUCCCAGAGACUGUCUCAAGACCUGCCUCUUCCAGAAAUGGCAGAGGAUGGUGGCACCGCCAGCUGAGCCAUCGAGACAGGCCCCUAACAAGCGGCGGAAGCGUAAAAUGUCAGGCGGCAGCACCAUCAGCGGAGGAGGAGGAACCAAUAAUAACAACAACAACAAAAAGAAGAGCCCUGGCAGCGGCUUCCCUCUGUCCAGCCAAGUUCCAGAUGUGAUGGUGGUGGGAGAGCCCACACUGAUGGGCGGGGAGUUCGGUGAUGAGGACGAGCGUCUGAUCACACGGCUGGAGAACACGCAGUUUGAUGCAGCCAAUGGCAUUGAUGACGAAGACAGCUUCAACAACUCUCCAGCACUGGGGUCUAACUCGCCCUGGAACAACAAGGCACCCUCCAGCCAGGAGAGCAAGAGUGACAACCCAACCUCACAGGCAUCGCAGUAGAGCUCAGAGCCCCACAACCUCAAUACAAACCCCUCUGUGUCACUCAUCAGCCACCCUACCCCACCCCAUGAGUGCAACAGCAACACUCCACCCAGACAUGGCUGUAGAGCUCAGACUAAACACACACAGGUAGCCCAAGGAGCUCAGUCUGUCCUCUUGGACAGUUUCCCUGAGUCAGAGGAAGUUUGACAAGCUUUCAAUAUUAGCCAGUGUGUCCUGCCUCUGUUCCUGUUUCCUCAUCUCAUAUACAAAAUGUCACAUCUGCUCUUAGUAUUUUCAGUUUGGACCGUGCCUGGGUAGGUGUGACAAAGCAGGCACAGAAAUUUAAUCCAGUAGGGAACUGUGCGCACUAAACCAUCCAUACAGAACUUCACAUGUAGGAAGGGGUGGGGUGGAGGGGGCGGUGGCAGCAGGGCUUCACAACGGUGGCAAGUUGCUUAGGAACGACUUGUGCAUCCGUCCUCUGAACAUGGUUCUCAAUUGUGGUCUGCUCCAGCUGCUGCGAAAGUCACUCCUGGUGUUUGUUAUUAGAGUGUAUGUGUGCACGAGUGCGUGUGUGCGAGUGAAGUUUGCGAACAGAGAAAAGAGACUGUCGGAGCAUAUUUGUGGUUUUGCUAAAGCAGACAGACCAGAAUUUAGAAUCAGUCUAUAAAACCAUUGAAAGUCUCACACUAGUAGGAGAGCUGUCAUCACAUAGACGCACUUACACACACACACACACAUACACACACACA